ACUACCACUCAUCGCACACCAAACCCAAUCCCAGCCACAAGAGAGUACACCCAUGCUGUAACUCUAUCGCGAAUCUAUUCAGCUGCUGGCAUACUCAUCACCUACCGCCCAUCGAUCCCCAGUAAUUCACUCCGCCCUCACAUCACCAUGGCCGACGACACUCGAGAAUCCGUCGACGCAAAUGCGCUCCCUCCAAAGCCGCGCGCUCCCGCAAAUAUAAUGCCCGGUGGUACAGCACAUACAGCAGGUGGAGAAAAGACAACAGACGGAGGCCCAUCAUAUUUCGACGCCGUACGCAGUCUCGGACCAGAGUACUAUCUGAACUUUCAUAAGCGACCAUGCGUACGCGACAGCCAAUUGCAAGGACUAGCAGCCGGUUUUGCAGGAGGAAGUCUAGCAGCUAUAAUAGGAAGACCCGUAAUCACAGCCUCCAACUGGGCCGUAGCAACAUGGUGCGGUGUCUCUGUCGUCUCCUACCAAGUAUGCCAAUACUACCGUUCCAAGGAAAAGGCCGGUAUAAAGCAAGCACAAGAGCUCAUGGAGGCGAAGCGCGUGACUAUAGAGGCGAAAAAGGCUGCCAGGCGGAGGGCAAGGGAGGAACAAGAUCGUUUGGAACAAGAGCGAAAGGCAGAGGAAGAGAGGAGGAAGACAUGGAGUUAUUGGUAUCAGAAGAAUCUCAAGUUUUGGUAGUACGCAUUGGACUUUGUUGUGGGGGUCUAUGUAACAGCACGUGUAUAAGGAAUAUUUAUUUAUAUUUACGA